GGUGUGGUGUGGCUUAUACCUUCAAGAGCAGCUGGGUGAGAGGACAAAGAAAAGGCCUGGAAGAAACGCUGGUUCAUUCUUCGCAGUGGGCGGAUGAGUGGCGAUCCUGACGUUCUGGAGUACUAUAAAAAUGACCAUUCCAAAAAGCCAAUCCGUGUUAUAGACCUCCAUUUUUGUGAGCAAGUCGAUGCAGGGCUAACGUUCAAAAAGAAGGAGUUUCAGGACAGUUUUGUAUUUGACAUCAAAACAAUUGACCGGACCUUUUACCUGGUGGCAGAGACUGAGGAGGAGAUGAACAAGUGGGUCAGAUGCAUCUGCCAGAUCUGUGGCUUCAAUCAAUCUGAAGAGAGCACAGAAAUAAUGGGCCAGAGGCAUGUGAAAUCGAAUGAGGGGUCCACGCCCACAUUUUAUAUUGCGAGGAAUGUUCCCACUGGAUCUCAGACUCCCCAUUCAUACCCCCCUGACUUUGGUGGGUCUGUACAGACUCUCAUUGGAGACCAUGGAUUCCAGGCCUCUUUGCAUACCAGCCAACCAUCAGUGUUCACAUUUGAAAAUCCUAUUCAGGUUCAGCCCAUUCUUUCACCUAGUGCCCCACAGGACUACCUAUUCCUGCAUCAGUGCAUAAGCAAGAGGACAGAAAAUGCUAGCAGUCAGCAUGACCCUGCAGAACCAGAAGACAAUGAACAGGAGGAGUAUUUGCUGCUGGAGAAUUGUGACACUGUAUCCCAGAGUGCCAGUUUUUCCCAGACCAUAAGGUUGCCUGGAUGCACAAAGAGAGAUGGAGAGACUGCUGCAGAGAAACUGCCACAAGGUUAUUCAUAUUGUGUCAAUGGAGUUGGUGGUCAUGUCCAUAGCUUUUACAGUUUACCCAAACCAGCAAAGCAACAUGCAGAGCAAAAGGACAUUGCUAGUUAUGAUUUGCCUCGAAGUGUGGGCUCGAAUGGUGUGGCCAAAUAUGGCUCAUCUGAAUUAGGUAAUGAAGAUGAAGAGAUGUACACCUAUAACAUUCCCAACAAUACGCUAUGCAGGCGACUAUGCAGGCGACUCAGUGAUAUUUCUACAGACUCCUAUGAUAUUCCUUCAACUCCUGUGUCCAUUUACCAGACUCCAACCACAUUCACCCUUGACAAAAAUCAUAACACAUUACCCACAGGUUCUGGUGAAUUGGCUGCUGCACCACCCCCACGACCACCAAAGCCUACACUGAUAGAUCGAAAGCCAGAUUGGGGCAGCCCCAAGCAUCGUCCUCACAAUGGCGGAGGUAUUGGAGCAGUGUCUGCAGCAACGAUCCCUAGAAGAAACACUCUUCCAGCAAUGGACAACAACAGGCUACACAGAGCUUCAUCCUGUGAGGCAUAUGAUUAUCCCCGUCAUGUUACCAGUAAUGAUGGCCAUUCCAUGGAGUCUGUUGAUGAUGGUUUCAGCUCUUAUUUGAGAUCAAAAUUCGCAUCAUCUCGCUCAGAGAGUGUGGAAUCUGAGGACAAUUAUGUGCCAAUGAACCCAGGUUCCUCCUCUCCAUUUGUUACAAGUGCUGGUGAGGGUCAUCAGGAUAUCUACAUUCCCAUGAGUCCUGGUCCACACCACUUUGACUUCUCUGGAUUCUCCUCAGCUACAUUCCCCACUCGCAAAGCAAGUGCAGCCUCUCUCAGCAGCAAAUCCAGCUUUCCUGUGGACCUGUUGCCACCUCCAGUCAACCGUAAUCUCAAACCAGACAGAAAAUCCAAACAAGGACUUUUGGAAAUAAGAAACCAUACAAUGACUGAUGAACUUCCCUUCAAAUCUCCCAUUACCAGAUCAUGGUCAAGGCCAGUGGGAGCUAUGAAUCCUAUUUCUUCACAAAAUUGUCGCCCCUUAUCAACACAGAGUGUCACCAGCACUGACUCAGGAGACAGUGAAGAGAACUACGUUCCAAUGCAGAAUCCAGUUUCUACCUCUCCGAUGAAUGUUGCAACAGGCAGCCCUGUUACCAGAAAAAGUGGGAGUGUUGACUACUUGUCAUUGGAUUUCCAGCCGAGUUCUCCUGGUCCUCAUCGAAAGCCUUCCACAUCCUCGGUGACAUCAGAUGAAAAGGUUGAUUAUGUACAAGUGGACAAAGAAAGGACCCAAGCUUUACAGAACACCAUGCAAGAGUGGACCGACGUGAGGCAAUCCAGCGAGCCCCUGAAAAGCCUAAAGUAGCAAUACAUAUUACAAAUGAUAAACUUUGGAAAGAUAUCCUAUGUACAGCUCUGGGAAACUAAGCUGGUACAAAAUGAUAUGUCAGAAUGGAAGAGGAGAUAUAUUUUGUUGAAUUGUGUCAAAACUGUAUAGGUUGUUUUUUUAUUAUAAGCAACCACUUUGUUGUUUGGCCUUGUUCACAUCAGAAAUCAGUUCUUCCCUGAUCUACUCACAGAAUAGAUCACAGGUAUUACCUGAAGAUGGUCCUGAAGCACUGAUAGUCAUUAUUCCUUUGCUGAAACAAGCUUGUUUCUCCAUUGUUCAGGCUGUUGAUAAUUUAUCUGACACAAGAAAGAACACAAGAUCUCUGAUUAGAUGCUAUCAUCACAAGAACGAUUAAGAGAGAAUGGACAGUUUUGCUAUUUGCCAAGUUUAUAAGGUUGUCAACCCUGACCGAUUAACAUGUAAAUGGCAGGUUGUUCAAACAAUUCCACCUGCACUUUCACAAUAUAUUUAAAUCUAACCAUAGAGCUUUGAAAAUCAGAUAUGAGCUCUCCUAUUUGUGAAAAUAAAUUUUAUUUAAAUUAUUUCAAUGUAUUAAUAAAUUUCUGAAA